AUGGUCAGUUGGCGAGAUAGGGGAUAUGUCCCCGACUCUGACGACGAAGAAGAUGAGGUGGCAAUCACAGAGUCUGACGAACAGCGCCACCAUAAGAGUCAAUCUGAUUCACCAAAAACGUCGUUACCAAAAUCAAGAAACGAGUUGGAAAGGACAGACCAGGUAGACCCCGACAAUGUUGGUCCUUCGUUCCCUCUCGAAACUGUUGAGAGUUCAAAUCAACGGUCCCUCGGCAUCGAAGUUGAAAACGAUUUUUCCUCAGAGUCCAACCGUCCUUCCAAGCACAAGACUAAUUCAGAUCAAUCAGGCAAGACCAAUGCCAUUUUGCAGUCCCCAAGCACAACAGCAUCUCUUCUAGAGGCCGAAUUGAACAAAGGCUUGCAAGUUGUCCAGGAAGUUAUCGGGUUGCAGAAUUUCGAGGAUGACAGCGAUAGCCCGCUUUCGUCUCCCCCAUCAUCGAUUUCAAGCCCGCCCAAACAGCCGAAUGUUAGCAUCGUGUUGCCUUCAUUCUCACUUGACAGAGAUGAUGGAUUUUCGUCUCUUUCCACCCAAAGCCUCGAACUUGCGGCAGCUCGACGCUCACUUCGUGCUCGAGCUCCGAUUCAGUUACACCCUUAUGCACUCGAAGCUGCGCAAUAUCAACGAGAUUGGAAGUCCAGAGGACUUAGACCUCUGCGAUACAUGCAACCUUCUGGAGACAACGAACCGCAAUUGGCCACCGGCGAAGAGUCUCAGGAAACGGAGACAUUUCAGGGCAGCGAGAGUCUCGAAAUCCCGCCUCAGGUUCUCUCUUCAAGUCCAAUCCAGCUUGGCGAAGAGGAUGAGUCUCAGUCCCCCAUAAGUGGCAGGAGGAAUGUUCGCCCCAGGCUUCCAGACUUCGACCUCGGUGCUGAGCUCCCCGACCUGGCGGAUCUCUUGAAAAACGAUACCAGGAACCUGGCCAAACAACUACAACGACCCAAGAAAGCUAAAGCCCGCAAGCCAAAUUUGCAGUCACAACCCGUACCUAACGGUUAUCAAGUAUUUGACCUCCCAAGCGAUGGAGAAGAACCAUCGGUCAGACCUAAGAUUCCGAGAAGACCCCUUCAGAUCCCACCAUCCCCUCCAAGAUCUCGCGGCGGUCUUUCCUCCCCAGGAGAUGUCGCGCCUGGUGAUGAGUUUAAUGAAGCUGGCCGAUCCCCUUCCCUCCUACCGUCGCCAUUCUUGUCCUCUGAUAAACCGAACAGAAAACGGCCGCAACCUGAUUCUUUAGAGACGUCAGAGGUGGAGGUGGUGGUUGUCAAUGAUGCUUCGUCAGAAUCAACGGGUUCUUCCACUGAUUCUGACGAACGACCUCCUAAGAGUGUGCGGAUGUUCCAACGCAGGAUUAAAGGCGUGCUACCAGCCUCCUGGCUUAAAUUAGACCGACAACAACAGAAAGGAAAGACCACCAUAUCCGAACAACCUAGAUCUCUUGAGAAAGGAGGGAUUGAGAGAGGAAUAGCGCAACGUCUUCCUAGCUCUUCGCUUGCUAGAGCCACCCAGCAUUCCACGCGUCCAGUUUUCGACGACUCGCAGCUGGACACAUCAGAGGACGAUGACUCAUCACAGUCGGUAGAGAUUGUUGAUGAGACCCCUUGGGGCAUUGCUCCUGACUUGGUCCUAGACGAUAUUAUGGAAGACAACAGUAUCGAUCAUAUGUUGCCACCCCGAACUAGGUCUCAAUAUGGUCCACAUCGACAAGGAGGAGAAACGAAGAAGAAAAGACAGCAGCAAAUACCGGGAGUUUGGCAAAGUCACGACAUUGACACACGUGAAAGAUCUAGCAGAUACCAGCCGGAUAAAGUGUCGAAUGGCGCUAAAGGCAGACUAAAGAAUUCGUCAAGUACGACAGGGAGCCGAAAGAAGCAAAAGAUGGUUCAGAAGCAGGCUCAACUGUCUCUGCUGGACGCUCCAGGCUUUUCGGAACAUAUUGUUCCACGAUAUCUGAAGAUAGCGGCCAGAAGCGGCAAAAGGACUUCUCGGCAGUCUCAUACUCAGGAUUCAACCAAGAAGUUUUUCAAGCUUGCGACAGUACAGGACACACAUGAUGUCAACAGGGCCAUGCGUGGUUGGAAAACUCUUCAUGGCAAGAAAUAUGCUGUUGCAACUCCUCGGGACGGGACACUCGUUCGAGCUGCGCCUGCACAGCGACAACAGAGCUCUAGUAUUGGUGUGACAGAUGGUUCCAACGAUAACACUGAGUUGGUUUCAUUGAAGCAGUUGACUACCCAGACGCUGAAGCGUGUAUACCAACAUCAGAAGCAAUCUAUCGAAGCUCGUAGGUCCAUCCAAGCUGCAACUCGCCGACCUGUAUUGAGGGAUUAUUUCCGUCCCCGACCAGGAUCUCACUCAGAAGAAUCGACGAUUCGAGACCGGCCUCGAUCGAUAUCUAACCCACUGGGCGUUCGACCUGCCCUGACUUCAAAGGCUACACUACCACGACUUGUUACAAGAGCACCAGGGGCGCAGCCAGUUCAGUCUUUGGCCGCACAUCAGAUCGCUUCAAACCACGACUCAGCUAAGGCUACGAAGCGACAACCAAGGCAAGUCAAUUCCUGGUCUCCAUUCAAUGAAUCUUUGCUUACUCUUGUUUAG